GCUACAGGAACACACCGGCCUCACCUAAGGCACCAUUGCUUUCUGAGUGUUUCUGAAGAUCUGUAGGGCAGUGGUGGCACAUGUCUUUAAUCCCAGCACAUUGGAGGAAAGAGGCCCGCGGAUCUGUGUUCGAGACCAGCCUGAUCUACAGAAGAGUUCCAAGAAACACAAUAUUGGUGCCGGGGAUUUACGAUUCUGAAGAACAAAUAUACAGAAAGUCUAUUUCGGCUCUUUCCAAGGGGGGAGUCGUUCAAAUAAUGUGUUAAGUGCGAAGCGAGAGAAAACCAUACAAGCUCAGGCAAGCUCUGCUUCCGUUUCCAGUAAAACUGUUUUCAGCACAGAAUUGUUCAGGUUCGAUGUACUCGGGACCACCGGGAAGCCCUUGCUGGUGUGUUCUGUACCUUUAGGUAAAGCCACGAAGUGACAGCACCCUGGGCCUUCUGUGUAGUUUUCCGAAAGAGUGCAAUCCUCUGAAAAUACUACAAAUCCCAUCGUGCCACUUCAGCGGGGGUGAGCGGGCCCUUGGCGCACGUGGGCGGAUCUGACCAAUAACGACCGUCGUUACAAGCCAACAGUUCGGACGUGUUUGUAAAAGUCCGUUUGUAAAAGAAGAGACGCGGCGAGGGUCGUCACCAACGAGAGAUUCCUAGAGUUGCGAGGCAGGUAAGGGGGCAAAGUGGGAGAGGCCAAGCACCGGCGGAGCACGGCUUAGGGUGGGAACAGAGGCGGAAAACGUGUUCGGGGAACUGCGUGUCGGACUGCUGACAUUUUUGCUGGGCCCUCACUUUGACGCCGCCGGAAGUGAGCGUUUUGCGCAGGAUGCCGGGAAGCGGGUCGCACGGGAAGUGCGUUUUCCAGCCGGCCGUUCCCGGAAGCUGAGCUUAGGCGCGCUCCCCUAAACAACACCGAGGGAUUGUGGCCCGGACUCUGUUAUUUGACAGUGACCGGGCUGAUUCUACAAUCAGUAAAGGUCUGCGAGCUGUGACGUCUCGAACCAACCAGUUUCAUUCCUAAAAUGGGUAAAUAGCGCCUCCACAGGAUCCCUUGAGUGAAUGCAUGCACUCGAAUAGUUCUUACUUGGCGGUGUUCACGUGCCCAAAACAGCGUCCCCACACCGACCAGCUCAGCGGCCGCAUGGGACAGGGGGCAGCCUACCGCUCCUCGGGUUCCCUCAGCCAGCGCCAGGCGCUGCUCACCCUCUUGCUGAGAAGAGACAAUCAUCGGGAGACCCUUCAGGUUUCCAGCGGAGCUCCUUCACAAGUCGCGUUCCUUGUGUAUCCUUUUUAAAGACUGAGUCUGCAAGCCGGGCGUGGUGGCGCAGCCUGUCAUCCCAGCACUCGGGAGGCGAAGGCAAGAAGAUCUCAAAUUCCAGGACAGCUAGGCUACAUAACAGACCUUGUCUCAAAAAGAAAAGAACAAACUGGGUAUGGUGACGAGCUCCUUUAAUACCAGAACUCUGGAGGCAGAGACUGGCGAGUCUCUGAGUUCGAGGCUCCCCUGGUCCAUCCCAGGACAGCCAGAGCGAUACAAAGAAAUCCUGCCCCCUACCUCCCGCCCCACCACACCCCCAAAAAAAGGAAAAUAAGAAGAAAACUCUGUAAUAAUUCGUAGUAAUACAUGUUUUCAAAUUCGAAUAGUAAAAAAAAUGAGAUUAAACCUCCAUUUCUCGGGUCUCAAAUUACUGCUGAGGAAAUAGACAACUAUGCUGUGUCCUUAAAGUCUUUUUAAAAAAAGAUUUCUGUGUAUGCGUGUGUGUAUAUCCAGCGUGUCAAAGGAGUUGGACUUCCCAGAAUUAAGAGUUUUAGGCAGAUGAGCCCUGAUGUUACAGCUUGGAACCAAACUUGGGCCCUCUAAAAGAGCAAUACACACUUUUAACCACUGACCGUCUCUGCAGCCCCAUUUCCCCGUUACUUUCCUUUCAAAACCAAGCAUAGCAUACACAAAGCACUAAGCUUUGUUACUGGUAUACAGAUCUCAACUGUUUUUAAUGGCUUACAGUCGCAUCUUACUCAGCACACUGUACUUAGUUCUUUAAUGGAAGUCCUUUUCCUAUUCUGCAGUUACAAAAUCUCAUAGAGGGAUAUCUGUGAUUUGGAUGCCAGCCUGGUCCACAUAUUGAGUACAGCCAGGUGUACAUAGCUGCCAAGAGUUCUACCUAGAAGAGUUGGAAUCUGACUGGAAUCCUGAGCAAGAGCUUUGCCAGAAGGGAUGGAAUGUCUGCAAUGUUACAUCAGAGCUCAGCCUUCAGAGGACUUAGGCCAAGUGGCACACCUCACUGCAAAUGAGCAUGCCUGGGUUUGUGCUGUCUGAUCAUCACAAGCUAAUGAAACACAUGUUAGGUCUUACGGACACAGGUUCCACUGUUCUCUGGGUGCNUUGGCAGCUGGUACAGGGGCUGUGAACAAUGGAACCAAAUUCUCAGAGGACUAAAGUCCCAGCUUUCUUAUCUGACUUGGGGAAGGCCACACUGAGGGGAAUCAGGAAGUGUCCCCGAUGUGGUACCUUCAAUGGAACCCGUGGGUUGAGCUGUAAGAACAAGACAUGUGGAACCAUAUUUCGCUAUGGUGCCCGAAAGCAGCCUAGCGUUGAAGCUGUCAAAAUCAUCACCGGCUCUGAUCUACAGGUCUACUCUGUGCGACAGAGAGACCGAGGCCCUGAUUACCGAUGCUUCGUGGAGCUAGGUGUUUCGGAGACUGCAAUCCAGACCGUGGAUGGUACAAUUAUCACUCAGCUGAGCUCUGGCCGAUGUUAUGUCCCNUCGUGUUUGAAAGCUGCCACUCAAGGCAUUGUGGAAAAUCAGUGUCAACACAUCAAGCUAGCAGUGAACUGCCAGGCGGAGGCCACCCCUCUGACCCUGAAGAGCUCAGUCCUGAAUGCUAUGCAGGCUGCCCCAGAAACCAAACAGACCAUCUGGCAGUUGGCCACAGAACCUACAGGUCCCCUGGUACAAAGAGUCACUAAAAACAUUAUGGUAGUGAAAUGCAAAGCCAGCCAAAAGCACAACUUGGGCUAUUUACACACGUCCUUCAUGCAGAAAAUCAGCUCCAGAAGCUUGCCAGAGCGCCGCUUCUUCUGCUCCUGCCAGACUCUGAAGUCACACAAGUCCAACGUCCCCAAGGCUGAGGCAGCCCCAAAGUGCAUCCAUUUCUUUGCUUGUCUCUGUGCCUUUGCCAGCGACGAGACAUUGGCUCAGGAAUUCUCGGACUUUCUGAAUUUCGAUGCCAGUGGUAUGUGGAGAUUGACAGUUACUUGGUUGUUCUAAAAUGGCAGUGAUGGUGUUCCAUCAACGCCUUUGGGAUGUUCUAGUAGCCCGUAGAUUCAGCAGAGGAAGAAGGAUGAAAUGUCUGGUGCACAGGUGAACAGCUCACUGAUGCCGCAAGAUGCAGUAAACAGCAAUCUAAGGAAGAGUGGCCUGAAAAGGCCUGUGGUUACGUCAUCAUUGAAAAGGCAGGUCUGUGGUCAGCUGUUAGAUGAGGCACAAGUGACCCUGUCCUUCCAAGACUGGCUGGCCAGUGUCACAGAGCGCAUCCAUCAAACCAUGCACUAUCAGUUUGAUGGCAAACCAGAGCCCCUGGUGUUCCACAUUCCUCAGUCCUUUUUUGAUGCCUUGCAACAGAGAAUAUCCAUAGGAAGUGCAAAGAAGCGGCUCCCCAACUCCACUACAGCUUUUGUUCGGAAAGAUGCCUUGCCACUGGGAACCUUUUCCAAAUACACCUGGCAUAUCACCAAUAUUCUGCAAGUCAAACAAAUCUUAGACACCCCAGAGAUGCCCCUGGAAAUCACACGUAGCUUUAUCCAGAACAGGGAUGGGACUUACGAGCUGUUUAAAUGCCCCAAAGUGGAAGUAGAGAACAUAGCGGAAAGCUACGGCCGCAUAGAGAAGCAGCCUGUGCUGAGACCUUUGGAGCUGAAAACCUUCCUCAAAGUUGCGCGACCAAGCUGCCAGGCAGUUUCAGGAGACCAAGUAGAGCAAGUAAAGAAGCCACGUUUCCGCCCACAACGGCGGCGCCGCAGGUUGGUCACGCGCUUUGUGCGCAGCCGCGCUGGCGCUCCGGACACGUCACCACCUUCGCGUCCUUUCUGGAGAGCGCGGGAAGGAGGGCGCUGCGGGUGGUGA